GCUUCAGGGCCACUUAGAUUAAUUUAACGAGGCGUGCGCUCGCGGCUGUGUCAGAAUGACUAAGACAUUUGCGUGCGUCUGUGAGUUCCAUUCGUUUCCCACCUGCGCUAUUUUGGCUUUUCCUCUGACCGCGCUGCUGCUCAGGAAUCAGCAUCACUCAGCGGGGUGAUGAAAGUGCUCCUGGGAUGUGUGUGUGUGUGUGGUGGAGCUGGUCAUCCCCUGCAGAUCCAGUAAAACACCAUCACCGUCUGGCGGCGCAGGGAGAACCCUCUUGAGCGAUUUACCUGGGAAACGCUAAGAAGAGCCACUCCCUUUUCUUUAGUCUGUUUAAAGCUGAGGACAGGACGACACCUCAAUUUGUCUGCGCCGAUGUUCUCUGUCUGAAUUCACUUUACGCAAAAUUCAGGAUUAUUUAUUGAACCGUGAAUAUUUUUGGCACGAGUUGUGGAUGUAUUGUGGUGACAACAACUCUCAGAGUUGUCAUUGUAUCAGUGACUCUGCAGCUGCCUUCACCUAAUGCAUGGAACAAGAGUUCAGUCUGCUGAAGUCAAACACCUGCUGCCUUUAAGAAUGGGAUUUGUUCAGAAGAUAAAGAGCGUUUUGAAAUGUGUGCUUUUCGUUCCUGUUGCACUGUGUGUUCUCUACUUCAUUUCUCCAUCUUUCCACCUGUUAAUAGGCCUCAUACCUAUGGACAAAUGCUCUCUGGAAAGUGGAGAGAUGCUGAUUCUGGACAACCGCGUGGAUGCCAGUCUUGACCUCAAGUCCAGACCUGACGUGCAAACGUGCACAUUUUGGAGAGCUCCCAUUAUCUGGGAGGGGAUGUUUGACCCCGAUCAUUAUGACCAGAUGCACAAGAAGGAAGGAUCCUCUGUGGCUCUAACAGUGUUUGCUGUUGGCAGGUACCUGGAUGCUUACCUCAAGACCUUCCUGAACUCAUCAGAAAAGCACUUUAUGUUGGGUUUGCCGGUGACUUACUACGUGUUUACAGACGCGCCAGAGAGGGUGCCAGACAUCAGGCUCGCUCCUCAGCGAAGCCUGAAGGUGAUCAGAGUGGAGAGGCACUCCAGGUGGCAGGACAUCUCCAUGAUGCGAAUGAAGGCCAUAUCGGACGUCAUAGAGUCAGAUAUUCGCCAUUGCUGCACGCACGUCUUCUGCUUCGACGUGGAUCAGGUGUUCAGGGGGAGAUUUGGCUCGGAGGCUCUGGGUGAGUCUGUGGCCCUGCUCCAUGCCUACUACUACCACCUCCCAAGGAAGCUGUACACCUACGACCACAACCACAAGUCCAAAGCGUACAUGGGAACUGGGGAUUUCUACUACCACGCUGCUGUCUUUGGAGGUUCCUGGAAAAGUGUGAAAGCCUUGACGGACGCCUGCUACCAGAGCAUCUUGGAGGAUAAACGGAACAAUGUGGAGGCUUUGUGGCACGACGAGAGUCAUCUAAAUAAGUACCUUUGGCUUCACAAACCAAGCAGGGUGCUCUCCCCUGAGUACUGCUGGGACACCAGUAUUGGCCACAGGUGGGACAUACGAAUCAUCCGACUACAGUGGGCACCAAAAAACUACAAUAAACUACGCAUAUCCUAAUGGCAUGACAACUCUCUGAGAAACCUUAUGCCCAGAGCUUCUCCUACUCUUUCAUUUGCCCCUGCAAGUGUGGAUUACCUGCUGGAGCAACAAUCUCUCACUGACUGCCUGAAUUUUCUUUAUUAGGACUCAGGUAAAUCUAUGCAAAUGUUGCCUUUGCUUCCCCAUCAGUGGUAAACAAACAACUUGCAUAGUUUUUCAUUCUGCAGCUCGUCAUAUUUUUAUGUAAAAUAUUUUUACAAUGUGACUGAUAUAGUUGUGACCAGAAUCGAAUGUGUGUUUGUGCAUUUCAUCUGUGAUUAUGUAUGUUAUGUUAUUUUUGAAAUGUUUUACUGUUUGUAUUGAUUGAUUCAGGCUACAUUUACACCUGCGUCAGUCCCAUUUUUUUAAGACAAUAUUUAAUUACCCUGAAUUUGCAAUUUAAUGAUGAUAAACCCAUGCCUCUUUCUGAAAUAGGGAAAGAAAUGCUGUUCUUUCUACCUGUAACCACAGUACUGAUAACAAACUCAUAUUAAUAUGUCAUUCCAUACAGACAUAUGGUGUCCAGGAUGUCAGUGAGUCAUGAAAAUAGUGUCUUUCAAGUUGUGAAAAUUAAAGAAUUUAGUUAAAAAGAUUGUUAGUUUACAUGGCACAACAUGUAACUACAUUUAUCUCAUCUACAGUCAAGACGCUGGACGUCAAAGACAAGAUGUGCAGAGUUUCAUAAUGUCUGUGAAGACAGUGGUUUAAAACUUUUUGGCAUGUUGUUUGCGGACAGAGAAACACUGGUUCGGGGCCAACUGCUCCACCGUCAUUUCCUACAUUUGUUUCUUUUAACUCUGCAGAACAAUAGAACAUGUUUUGUGGUGUAGCUGUAAAAUCUCAGGUUCAAUUUACAGUUGAUUGCACUGUCAAAUUAUUAGAGCUUGACUGACAUUGAAAAGUUGCACUUGCGACAGUGCCUCGUCUACUGAGCAGCAUGUCAGUCCAGUGUUUGGGAUUCUCGUUAAUUUGCUGACAGCUUCUUUCUAAUAGUGUCCAUUUAUAAUUUCCAAACUUUAAUCAUGGGUUCAACUGGGCUCACUAUAAGGGGUUUUUAUGUGUGGAGUUUGUAUGUUCUCCCUGUGCCUGCGUGGGUUUCCUCUGGGUAAUCCGGCUUCUUCCACAGUCCAAAGACAUGCAGGAUAGGUUCAUUGGUGACUCUAAACUGCCUGUAGGUUGUUGGUCAGUCCCAAACACCACAUUUUUUCUCAGGAGGUCUUUAAAUCAAGUGUUGAUGUUGAUAAUGUUGAUAAUUUUGAGUGCACAUGAAAUGUAUUUUCUAAUCUUACUUUUUUUAAGCAGAUGUAUGAGUGGCAUUCUUUUAAUUAAGCUGCAUUGUUGGCAGGUUGAGACACAUUUACACCUGCAUGGACUGCUUUUCUGCAAAGGACAAAACUGGUCUUAGUUUUUAAAGGAUUUACAGUAUGAUUAUUUGACAGAUGUGACAAUAAAAUGUACAUUUUUAGACUAUUUCAAAAGGAAAUACAUGUGUAAUACACCAAAAUGCCUUGUACUGGAGAGGAAAAGGUAUCUGAAAACUGUGGUAUUAAAACAAAAAUUAAAUUCAGUGAAAACAAGUAAACAUUA